UGACCAACAUUACACAACCACCCGUUCUGACAGAGUCUUUAGAGGCCAUGACAACAUUCACUGCGUUUGCUGCUAGCGACAUCCAUCUUCCCUGUGAGGCCUCCGGCAACCCAACGCCCACCAUCCGCUGGGAAAAAGACGGUAGGAUGUUCGGGUCGGAGCAGACAGGAAGUGGACCGCUGACGGUCGGCGCUGACGAGGUGCUGGAGUCCUACCAAGGAAUCUACCGCUGCUACGCCGCCAACGACCUGGGCACCGCCAUGACACACACCUGGCGUGUCAUCGUGGAGCCUCAGCCAGUGCUGAAGAAGCAGUGGAAGUUGCUCAAGAGACCGCUGGAAGGUGAGAGCAUCGUCUUGUCCUGCAAACCCCCGCCCAGCUCCAGUACCACACACAUCCACUGGAUGGACAAGAAGAUGGUGCACAUCAAUCAGAGUGACAGAGUGAUGGUCGGCCUCACUGGAAACUUGUACUUCUCCAACCUGCUGAGGAGCGACAGCAGAGACGAUUAUGUCUGCAACGCUCAGUACUCUGCAGCCAGAACUAUGCUGCCUGACACCAUCAUCUCCCUCACUGUCAAGCCCAAUAACGAUAUCUCUAUGGGAAAGCCGCCUCAACUCUUGCACCCCACCGGCCCCCACUCCUCGGUUGUAGCGCUCAGGGGCAAAAGUCUCACCUUGGAAUGCAUCCCUGAAGGCCUCCCGACUCCAAAGGUGGAGUGGACCAAGAAGGACGGCAACCUGGACGAGAGCAACGGCCAUGGGGCAAACCACAACCGCUGGCUCGUUUUCGACAGCAUCAGCCAGAGCGUUGACGGCGAGUACGAGUGCCGGGCGUUCAACGCCCACGGCUCCACCACGCACUCCUUCACCGUGACUGUGGAAGCUGCUCCUUACUGGGUCAAGGAGCCUCAGAACCUGCGCUACGCUCCUGGAGAAACCGUCAGACUGGACUGUCUGGCUGAAGGCAUCCCGACUCCCAAUAUCACCUGGAGAAUCAACGGCCAGCCGCUCUCAGAGGUGGAUGCAGACCCUCGCCGCAGCGUCUUGGACGGCGUCUUGAAGCUGCUGGACGUGGAGCUGCAAGACACGGCCGUGUAUCAGUGUGAGGCCGCCAACAAACAUGGCGCCCUUCUCAUCAACGCCUACCUCCAUGUUGUCGAGCUCCCCCCUCAGAUCCUGUCCUCAGACGGGGUCGUGUACAAAGUCACCGAGGGCGGAACCAUCAAGAUGUCCUGUAAAACCUUCGGCUCGCCGCUGCCUCACGUGGCGUGGGAGGGCAAGGACCCGGACCCCCUGCUGUUGAACCCUCGUGUCUCCCUGCUCACCGACGGGACGCUGGAGGUGUCCGACGUCGGUUACGGCGACAUAGGCGUGUACAGCUGCUUCAUCAAAAACACCAACAUCUCUAUCGACGCGCACCUGGAAGUGUUCAAUGGGACGGUGAUUCUGGCGGGCCCGCAGGAUGUGCGAGCGCUGCGGGGUGGGAGCGCUUUGCUGGACUGUCAUUUCUACAAGGACCCCCGACUGCUCCGCUACACCAUCGUCUGGAGGAAGGACGGACAAAAACUGCAGGACUCGUCCCUUGAUGACAAGUACACUUUCUUUGUCAACGGUACUCUGCAAGUGACGGAUGUCCAAUCAAAAGACAACGCUGAUUAUUCCUGUGAGAUCAUCACUGAGAUUGAUCAGGCGACCGCCAGCGGCUCCGUCACAGUCGUAGCCCGUCCAGACCCCCCUAAGAAUCUGAAUCUGUCUGACGUGAAGGACUACAGUUUGACUCUGAGUUGGAUCCCCGGUGGCUCCCACAAUAGCCCCAUCACAGAGUUCCUGGUGGAGGCAAAGGAGGAGCAGUUGUCACAGAGGCAGGAGGACGACAUCUGGAAGUGGGGGGUGAUGGAACAAGUGCCGGGCAACUUUAACAAACGACAGCUGUCCCUCCGCCCUUUCUGCAACUAUGCCUUCCGGGUCAUCGCAGUCAAUGCGCUCGGUCCCAGCGACCCCAGCCAGACCACAAAAAUCUACAGCACGCCCCCUGCUGUACCAUACACAAAUCCUACCAAUGUGCGCAGUGAGUCCUCCAACAAGGGAACUCUGGCUAUUAUGUGGGAUGAGAUGCCCAGAAGAUCACACAACAGCGAGGGCUUCCAAUACAAGGUUUUAUGGAGGGAGGAGGGUGGCAAGAGUGUUCAUUGGAACCACGGCCACGCCAAGUCUCCGCCCUUCUUGGUGAACAACACAGGAACAUACGUGCCAUUUGAGAUUAAAGUCCAAGCCGUCAACUCACUGGGUGAAGGACCUACAACGGAGGCUGGGAUCGGAUAUUCUGGAGAGGAUGUUCCUGAGGAAGCUCCCAGUGGAGUCUCAGUCACAGUGAUGAACAGGACCGUUGCUGUUAAGUGGAAUGAAGCCCAGAACGUCAGAGGCCUUCUUCUGGGAUACAAGAUCUAUAUCAAGAGGCUUGAUCCACAAGGGGGUCGGGGCCGAAGGUCACCCGGGGA